AUGAGUGAAAAACCAAACUCUUGGGAUUGGAAUGCAAAUAACGAACCGACCAAACCCCAAAUGUUGAAGCAAGAGUUUCCACACCACGCUAUUUCACCUAACGAUACAAUAGAUGCAGAUACUGACCCUAUAUCUGCUACUACCGGCCCAGAUUCUAUACUGCAAGAUGCCAAUCACGAUGAAAACCAAAAUCUCAAUUACUGUUAUGAGCUGAUUGUUAUACAACAGCCAUUCCGAGCCAAAGCUCUUCAAGACACAGAAAGAGAGUCGGGCAAAUCUGUCAACCCUCCGAUAAUACUUCAACUUGGAUGUAGAGAGAAUCAUUCCUUGAAUACCGGCAUUGAGAAAUUAGGUGACUUCUCAAUGCUCACUGUGUCAUCAGCUCUGGUGUCUGAAGAUGGAUUAGAUUGUAGCUAUGUCUUGACUUUGGCACCACCGACAAGCCCAUUGAUUUUUGUGAGUGCGCCUCGUAUGGAGGACCCUGCUGCUUCCGGGGCCGCGAAUCCAAUAUUGGGAAACACGUCACCUACAAGACGAACUUCCAACAGCGGAGAAGACACAAUCCUUAUACCCCACUCUCCUGGGCGAGUGUCAAACACAUCAUCAAAAUCAAAAGCAGUGGGGAGAACAUCGAAUCUAGCACCACUUGUUUGUCUACCUACACGAAUGCCCCCAGAGUAUACCUUUUGGAGGCCAGAUAAAGAUAGCGAAGCUCCUCCGUUUAGUGCAGAGAGGUCGCUUGAUGGAAUGCUUGUCUCUCCUUCUCAUGUAUUGACUGAUUUGGAUGGUCGACGAGGUGUUUACUUCGUAUUUGUCGAGAUCAUGGUGCGAGUAGAGGGUACAUACAAGCUGAAAUUCAAUCUGCAUGAUCUAAAAAGUACUAUUGGAAGGGGUGCUUGCCGAUCUCUUUCCGAAGCACAAACGAAGACCUUUAUAUCCUUCAACGCGAGAGACUAUCAAACACUUCAACAACAAGCCGAAUCUUCUGAAUUAUCCAAACAUUUUGCUGAGCAAGGACUGAUAAUACCGAUACGAACCAAGGCUCGAAAGAAACGAGGUGUCUUUACUGGCGUCAUUCAAGGAACAGAGGAAACAGAGGAGGAAUAA